AUGCAGUCAGACAAGCCUCUCCGUCGAUUCUAUCUGCUGACAUAUCCUCGAACCGCAUCGAAUCUGCUUUUGAAGAUUCUCGCACUCGAGGAUCAGCCUAAUGUCAAAAGUGGUAGCUACUUCUUCCUUCCCCUGCAUGCACUAAGACUCGAUCACGGCUCUGAGUCGACCCACAUUGAGGCAUUAGCACCAGACCAGAAACAGAAAGAGAUUAAGUGCAUGAAAGGCUGUUUCAGCAGGCUGAUCCAACAUCUCACCGAGGCCGAAGCAAAAAAUCAGCUCACCUUUGUCAAAGAACAUACAACGUUUUUGACAGAGCCAGUGGCGAAAACUCGUGCCAUAGAUGGCCAAAAUAGUGUUACUGAUGAAAUGCCAUGGAUGUUGGACGAACAAAAUGGGCUCACCCAGCCUAUGGAAGGACGCUCAGUUCACAAUGAAACACUUCUUUCGGACAGCUUCUUGAAGACAUGGAAACCUUCCUUUCUCAUAAGGCAUCCAGCCCUCGCGUUCCCGUCCUACUACCGUGCAGUAGUUCGGAUAGGGGGUGAAGAUUAUGCUAGAUCCAGUCGGAUGCGAAGAUACAAUCGGUAUAUGAUGACGCUACGUUGGACGCGCCAGUUAUACGAUUUUUACGCCGAUCAUUUUGCGGCUACGGAAUCGGCACAAGGAUCAUGCAAUGAUUGCAAUCUCUGGCCCUUGGUGCUUGACGCGGAUGAUGUUAUCACUCAUCCCACAGUCGUAGCCAAGUUCUGCGAUCUUGUUGGGCUGGACGCUACCAAGCUGAAGUUCAAGUGGGAAAAGGAGAGGCAGGAGCGGUCACCAAGAGAAAAAGCAAUGAUGUCCACCAUUGACGAGUCCACCGGGGUCAACCCCUCAAAGGCUACUGGAUGCGUUGACAUUGACAAAGAGGCAGCACGAUGGAAGACGGAGUUUGGGGAAGAUAUUGGCCAGAUGAUAGACACGUUUGUGCGGGAGGCAAUGCCAGACUAUAUGUUUCUAAGAUCGAAGAGACUGCGCCCAUAG